CGCGCAAACACGGGUAUCCGAUUACUGGCAACUCAUUCAUUCAAACAUUUUAGUGGGCACAGGUGGCCCAAGCUCGCAAAUGAGCUUCCCUGACAUACAGUACUACUCAGGUUAGGCUAGAGACGAAAACUAAAAAGGAGCAUGAAUAAAAAUAUUUUAAAAACCUACCCUUAAUUGCUUCGGCCUUGCUUCAGCUGUGUGUGUUUCCUCGUUUCUCGUGAGGUUCCUAGGUAGAUUAAUGGCCCUUUUGGUGAUUUGUUUACCUUCACUGCUAUGUCCUCUAUGUAAGAGGAAGAAAGGAAAUGCAGAGGACAAAGCAGUGAACCUAAAAAUCACCUAAAUUGCCAUAAAACGGCCCACAACAUUCAACAUUCGCUCCUUUCGUGAUCAUCAAAUGUGGCGCCCGCGUCUCAAAUUUCCCGCUCUUUUGUCAUCCUUGUACCAAGUGAUAGAAUGCAUCCAAUCAAAUAUAAAUUUAAAUAUCGCUCCUCUCCCCUCCCCUCCCCUCCCCUCCCAUCUUCGACUGAACUUCUCCCUGGAGGCUUUGCGAGUAUAUAUCUUCGUUUCGCCGGCUUCGCCUCUUUACCUGUUAAAUUUUGUUCUCUUUCAUCAAUACAUAAGAGAGAGACGGAAAAUAAUUCCAGCAGCAUGUCACAGGUUUGUUCAAAUUGUGGUGGAAGUGACAUCGACAUUGAUCAAGCUCGUGGCGAUGCAGUUUGUAUGGGAUGUGGGUCCGUGCUCGAAGACAACAUUAUCGUCUCCGAGGUUCAGUUUCAAGAGAAUAGUAUCGGAGGUGCCAGUGCCAUUGGACAGUUCGUCUCAGCCGAAGGAAACAAAGCAGGAGUUGGUUUGGGAUCUGCAUUUCGCCAUGGACUUGGUCAGGAAUCAAGAGCAGUGACCCUUGAAAAUGGGAAGAGAAGAAUAAACACUGUAGGUCACCAGCUGCAGAUGAAUCAGCAUUGUAUUGACACUGCUUACAACUUCUACAAGCUGGCAGUCAACAAGCGUCUUACCAGAGGCAGGCGAACAAAUCAUGUUGUGGCAGCGUGUCUGUACCUUGUAUGCAGAACAGAGAGAACUCCACACAUGUUGCUGGAUUUCAGUGAUGUUUUACAGAUUGAUGUUUUCACCCUUGGUAGAGCAUACCUAAAGCUGGCUCAAGAACUUUACAUUAACCUGCCUGCUGUUGAUCCCUGCCUGUACAUCCAUCGUUUUGCCCAUAAGUUGGAAUUUGGUGAGAAGGAGCACGAUGUUGCUGUGACAGCUUUGCGGCUUGUGUCCAGAAUGAAGAGAGACUGGAUUCAUCAUGGCAGACGACCUUCAGGCCUUUGUGGAGCAGCUCUCUUAGUUGCUGCAAGAUUACAUGGAUUUAACAGAACCGUGCGUGAAGUUGUCAAAACCGUUCGCAUCAGUGAUACCACUAUACGAAAGAGGUUGGGUGACUUCCGUGACACGCCCUCCAGUCAGCUGACCAUUGAUGAAUUUCAGACCAUUGAUCUUGAGGAGGAGCAGGAUCCUCCGUCAUUCACACAGGCCAGGAAAAGAGCAAAACAACAGCUUGAGGAGCUGAACAAACCAGAAAUUGCUUCAGAACUGGAACAAUUCCAGAACUCAAUUGAGAAAAUUUUAGGCAUUGAUUCCAAAAAGGACAAACCUGUCCCAGUAGAUGAAAGUGGAAAUACUAAUGAUUCAAGUAGGACUUUGGAACAAGAUGUUACAAGAGAUGCUAGUAGUGACACUUCACUUGUGGUUCCUCCCUUUGGCAUAGCAGAUCUGAUGUCAAAGAUUGACAAUGUAGAAGACAUGUUGCUGGAUUUCAGUGAUGUUUUACAGAUUGAUGUUUUCACCCUUGGUAGAGCAUACCUAAAGCUGGCUCAAGAACUUUACAUUAACCUGCCUGCUGUUGAUCCCUGCCUGUACAUCCAUCGUUUUGCCCAUAAGUUGGAAUUUGGUGAGAAGGAGCACGAUGUUGCUGUGACAGCUUUGCGGCUUGUGUCCAGAAUGAAGAGAGACUGGAUUCAUCAUGGCAGACGACCUUCAGGCCUUUGUGGAGCAGCUCUCUUAGUUGCUGCAAGAUUACAUGGAUUUAACAGAACCGUGCGUGAAGUUGUCAAAACCGUUCGCAUCAGUGAUACCACUAUACGAAAGAGGUUGGGUGACUUCCGUGACACGCCCUCCAGUCAGCUGACCAUUGAUGAAUUUCAGACCAUUGAUCUUGAGGAGGAGCAGGAUCCUCCGUCAUUCACACAGGCCAGGAAAAGAGCAAAACAACAGCUUGAGGAGCUGAACAAACCAGAAAUUGCUUCAGAACUGGAACAAUUCCAGAACUCAAUUGAGAAAAUUUUAGGCAUUGAUUCCAAAAAGGACAAACCUGUCCCAGUAGAUGAAAGUGGAAAUACUAAUGAUUCAAGUAGGACUUUGGAACAAGAUGUUACAAGAGAUGCUAGUAGUGACACUUCACUUGUGGUUCCUCCCUUUGGCAUAGCAGAUCUGAUGUCAAAGAUUGACAAUGUAGAAGAUAAAGCAGAAGAAGACCAAGAGAGUGAAGAACUCGAUCUAACAGGCCUGGAUGAAACAGAACUGGAUAAAUGCCUCUUAAAUGAACAAGAGAUAGAAAUAAAAACAAAGCUGUGGAUGGAAGAAAACAAGGAUUAUUUAGAAAAACAAAAAGAAAAGGAGGAAAAGGAAGCACGAGAGAGAGAAGAAGGAAAUAAACAAGAACCAAAAAAGAAAAGAAAACCUUACAAGAAAAAAGUUCCAACCGGACCAGCAAAUACUGCUGGCGAGGCUAUUGAAAAGAUGCUGGUAGAAAAGAAAAUCUCUAGUAAAAUAAACUACGAGGUACUAAGGGAUCUGGAGACGAGCCAAUCCAGUAGGCCCUCUACACCAGUCACACCUGUUCCUAAACCGGUUUUACCACUCAAACAGGAAUUUAUAACGCCGCGCGUACCAACUAGGACCGGAGGAAGAAAGCGAGACUCUUCUACUCCUGCUGCUUCGCCUUCGGAUACCUUCAAGAAACCAAAGCUCGUUCAGUCCCAAAAGCCAGUUAAGGUGGAAGCAGUUGACAAAGAAGUCGUCAUUGAAAGCGGCCCCGUGGAGUAUGAAAAGACUGACGAAUCUAACCCCAUGGGAGAGGAGGACGAAUUUGACGAACUGGAAGAGGAGGACGAAGAACCAGUCAGCGCCGUACAUCUCAUGGGUCAUUUGUAUGAAGCAAAUCUCGAUGAAGAAUAUGGCGACUUUGACGAUUACGAGUAAUCUACGCUGCUUCCCAUUCUGGUUCAGGCGGGAAUCCUGUUUCAGGCAAAUUCAUUGAAACAGAGUGCUUCGUCGGCGUAUGCUCUUAAAAGCAAAACCUGAAGUAGUUUCCCGCUCCUUCUAACCAAUCCAGAAAGUUUCGGGAGCCGAAAGUUGUUGCGGCGUCGAAAGCACACGUCAUGUUACCAAGCAACCAAAGUGGCGUAAACCGCUGGUUCAGGUAGUCGACACCAGAGAUAAGACAGAACUCGGACUCUUCUCUGAGUGUCUGCACUGUGGGCAAGUUUCUGAGAAGAUAUCCCGUUUAUUUUAUCGCAUGCACUGACGACUUGUCCACAAUGAUGAACACGGUUUGUUCCUACGAAUGAACAGGUGGUGUGGAAAAGUCGCGGAGAAUACAGAGCUAACGGCUCUAGAUCGGUGGUGAACUUGGCCGAUAAAACCAAGGAGGAAUAUGAAAAAAACAGGCAUUUCAGCAGUACUCCUAUGAAUUGGAUACAUCUUUAAUGUGAACACGGGGAGCACUUCACCUCCCGUCCAUACAUGGCGAACACGUAAUAUCUCCAGUGUGGACGCAAAACUGCCCUGUACAAAUGAAAAUUCGAAUAGCUAACAGUAUGAGGCCCCGUCCACACUACGCCGGAGAAAUUUGAAAACGGAGGUUACACUCUGAAAACCCAUCGAAUGUU